CAUCUUGCACAGCUGAAGUGCAGUCUGAGUGCACACCCAACCAAAACCAAACGUGCCCCAGAAAGGCGGGUUCGUUUGGUCAAUGUCAACUCUCCCCGCGUGGCAAGUCAACACGCGCCAUGGAAAAAAGCAUUGCCAUCUUUUGUCUCCUCUCGAUCGCUUCCCUCAAGGUCAAGGUGUUGCGUCGCGGAGGCGUCGUCGUCUCCGUCCCCGAGCUCAGACCCAGACGGAUGGAGGAGGAGCGCCCGCCCGCCGCGGGGUCCGGGGCCGGGACCGGGAGGGUGCGCCGCGGCGGCUUCGUGGUGUGGCUGCACGGACUGGGCGACUGCGGCCGCGCCAACGAGUUCAUCGCCGACCAUUUCUCCGCGGCCGCCUUGAGCGACGCCCGCUGGGCCUUCCCCACCGCGCCCACCGCCCCCGUCACGUGCAACCGUGGCAUGCGCAUGCCUUCGUGGUUCGACAUCCACGACGCGCCCAUUACUUCAAGAUCCGUGAGGGGUGAGGAGGAUGUGCUGAGAGCUGUCCAGAUCGUGCACACCAUGAUCGACAGGGAAAUCGCGUCCGGGACAGGCCCGGAGGACGUGUUCGUGUUUGGGCUCAGCCAAGGAGGUGCCCUGAGCAUAGCAAGCGUGCUGCUCUACCCUAAGACUCUGGGCGGCUGCGCAGUCUUCAGUGGCUUCCUCCCCUUCGACUCCUCCUCCUCCUCCUCCUUCGCUGCCAGAGUGACAGACGAAGCAAAGAAGACGCCAGUUCUGUGGAUCCACGGGGGCGCCGACUCGCUGAUCCCGGUCCAGGAAGGCGAAGGGCGAGACGGGGUCAAGUUCCUGCGGGGACUCGGCAUGGCAUGCGAGUUCAAGGAAUACGACAGGCUCGGCCACACUCUGGCGCCGUACGAACUGGAGCACUGCGAGCGGUGGGCGUCGGAGACCGUUCUGGGAGUGGGAGAGGACGAACACGGACGAAGACAAGGCCCGGGGAAGAAGAAGAAGAAGGGUGGCCGUCCGGGGACGGGGACGGGGACGGGGAGCAAGAGCAAGUCGUUGUUCUGCGGGGUCUUCAAUCUCUUCUCCAGAUAGCCGCCGCCGCCGCCGCUUGUUCUUGUUCCUACUGCUCUGACAAACCUUCUUGUGAUUUCUUUAUUUGCCUUUUGUUAGAAGUUCUUAUUUUCAUGUGUAAAUUUUGUACCAUUUCCGUGGGUUAGAAACCACGUUUUUCCAAACUCAGUCCUAUGGCUUACUGAGAACUUUCGUGAUCUUGAAUGGCUGAUCAGAGGAGGGUAGCCUGAUAGAACCAAUGUCCUAUGGUGUCAAACUGUUGUUAUGUAGACUACACAUCCAAAUUAAAUAAAGGAAAAUGAAGAACAGUUUCCUUCUGCA